AUGACGGAGCCUCUGCUGAGAGGCGAAAGCAGUGGAUUGAGAAACCGUUCGCGAGGGAUUGUCCGCCGCACCGAUGCGAUCACCUACGGUUCCAACUACGAGAAAGCCGCAGCGCUUAUCGAUCUGGCUGAAGAUGGUGUUGGAAUACCUGAGCAACUUCUGGAUUCAUCAAACUUUCAAAGUUAUUCAAGAUUUUAUUUUAUGUUCACUAAAUGCGAUCUCAUCUGGUCUCUUAGUUAUUUUGCUCUGAUAGUCCUGAAUUUCCUGGAGAAACCUCUAUGGUGUGAAAAGAAUACCGCACAUUCUUGCAAUGAUAGAGAUUAUUUCUUUUUGGGACAGUUGCCAUAUCUAACUGCCGCACAAUGUAUUAUUUAUGAGGGAAUAGUUCUUGUUUUGCUAAUCCUUCAUACUCUCUGGCCUUUAUCAUAUGAAGGGCCCCAUAUAUAUUGGAAAAGUCCUAUUAAUCUAUUGAAGGCCUUAUGUCUGUUAGUUAUCCUUGCUGAUAUGCUGGUUUAUGCUCUGUAUAUGUCUCCGGUGGCAUUUGAUUUUCUCCCUUUCAGAAUUGCACCUUAUAUCAGGGUUGUUCUUUUUGUUCUGAAUAUUAGGGAGCUACGAGAAACCACCAUCAUCUUGGCUGGAAUGCUUGACACAUACUUAAAUAUCUUGGCUUUGGGGCUUUUGUUUCUUGUUUUUGCAAGUUGGGUGGCUUAUGUGAUUUUUGAAGAUACAAUACAGGGGAAAACAGUAUUCACUUCUUAUACUACAACGUUAUAUCAGAUGUUUCUGUUAUUUACCACAGCCAAUAAUCCAGAUGUUUGGGUUCCUGCUUACAAGGCUUCACGUUGGUCUUGCAUUUUUUUCAUUCUGUUUGUACUGGUGGGAGUCUACUUUGUUACAAACUUGAUCCUUGCCGUUGUUUAUGAUAGUUUUAAGAGUGAGCUUGUAAAACAAGUUUUUAAGAUGGAUCGUAUGAGAAGAGCUAUGUUGGAGAGAGCUUUUAAUCUCCUAGAUACAUAUAAUGUUGGAUAUCUCAACAAGGAUCAAAUCAUUAGGCUCUUUGAGGAAGUGAACAAGUACAGGACUUUGCCAAAAAUCUCCAAGGAAGAAUUUGAGCUGAUAUUUGAGGAGCUGGAUGACACUCAUGAUGUAAAAAUCAACAAGGAUGAAUUUGCUGAUAUUUGCAAUGCCAUUGCUUUAAAAUUCCAGAAGGAAGAUGUGCUUUCUUACUUCGACUAUUUAGUAUUCUACCAUUCACCAACGUCAAAGAGAUUGAAAGCUUUUGUAAGGAGCACCAUGUUUGGAUACAUAGUGACCUUUGUACUCAUAGUGAAUCUGGUUGCCGUAAUUAUUGAGACAACGCUCGACAUAGAAAAUAGUUCUGCUCAAAAGGUUUGGCAAAUGGUUGAGUUCAUUUUCGGGUGGAUAUAUGUAAUAGAAAUGCUUCUAAAGGUUUACUCAUAUGGAUUUGAAAACUAUUGGCGGGAUGGUCAGAAUCGCUUUGAUUUUGUGAUCACAGUGAUAAUUGUCAUUGGAGAAACUAUAGAUUUUGCUUUUCCCGAUGAUGCUCUGCCAUUUUUCACAAAUGGAGAAUGGAUUCGUUACCUCCUUCUUGCAAGAAUGUUGAGGUUGAUAAGGCUCCUAAUGCAUGUCCAGCGAUUCCGAAGUUUCGUGGCAACUUUCUUAACUCUGAUACCAAGUUUGAUGCCAUACCUUGGGACCAUAUUUUGUAUCUUGUGUAUUUAUUGCUCACUUGGCGUCCAGAUUUUUGGUGGUUUAGUUAAUGCUGGAAACCCAGAUUUAGAGGCCACAGACCUUGCUGCUAAUGACUAUUUACUUUUUAAUUUCAAUGAUUAUCCAAACGGAAUGGUGGCACUAUUCAAUUUCCUAGUCUCGGGGAUGUGGGAAGAAUUGAUGGAGAGUUACAGAGAUUUAACUGGAACAUCUUGGACCCAUGUGUACUUCAUUAGCUUCUACUUAAUUACGGUUUUGCUGCUUUUGAAUUUGAUUAUUGCUUUUGUCUUGGAGGCAUUUUUUGCUGAAAUUGAGCUUGAGUCAUCAGAAACUUGUGAUGGAGAUGACAAGGAAGUUGCAGGAGAUAGAUAUCCGAGGCGACGAGCUCUUGGAACAAAAACACGAAGCCAGAGGGUUGAUGCACUUCUUCAUCAUAUGCUGAGUGCUGAGCUCUGUCAAAAUCAUCCUUCCAAUACAUAA